UUCGGUUAAUGGUUCAGUUAAUUAAUAGAAAAAAGCGGUUUUCCGGUUCAAAACCGGUUCACGUCCCUGAUCUGUAUACUGUUUCUUAUGUUAAACGAUUUUUUUAGGCUUUGAAAGUAGCAUUGUAAAAACGUUGAAACAGAAGGGUAACAAACAUACAUUUUCGUUUAAUUUAUUAUUUUGUUGAGCCCUUUGCAUAUAAAGACUGUUCUAUGUACAUUUAUUUGGAUAGCUGACGUUCAACUGAAAUUUAUUGCAUUUAAGAGGAGCGCUGCGGCAGAAUUUCCUUUAUUUCUUUAAAUCAUUGCAUCAAAUAUAUAUUUUUUUUUGUUAUUUCUAUUAUGUUUUUAACAAUUCCGAAUUGCAUUUGUUUAUGAUAAAUAAGUAUUUAGUUUACACAAGUUACAAUUUUGCAUUUGAAAAGAAAAUUGUAUUUUUAAAAGUGAAAGUAAAAGCAGUGACUGGAAUACACACUUGUGUCUUCAAAUCAUGGUACAAUAAUUAUUGUACCAUGUCUUCAAAUAAUAUUUAUUCACGCUCUCGGCUUUCUGGCGUUGGAAAACUUUAUACAGUUCAGAAUUUGUAAAUUCCUGAGCAUAUUUUACUGCCAUGAUAAAUCAAGCAGCACGAGAGAGCACAACCGAGGAGGGGUGGAAAAAAAGAAGAGCGCUAGCCAAGAGAGAUUGCAAGGACUACAAGCUCAAACGCUAACAUCACCACAUUUACCAUCCCCUGCAAUUCUCGCUUCUCCGUACUUCACAAUAGCAAAGUGCUUUUACUCAUACAUUUAACCUUUCGAGAGAAAAUACGAAGAAGACCAAAGUCUUAAAACUUUGCAGAUUUUAUGUCAGCGCAAUUCGCGCACAUAAGCUUCGCGUUUGUUUCGUUGCGUUCAGAAAGAGCAAGUCCUUUGUGGCAAAUGGCUGUGUUCUAUGUUUUGUUCAUGCAUAAAUCUAGAAGCAAAUAGUCAGCAAGCGCAAAAAAUCAAGUUUUUUUGUUUGUAAAUUUAGAAUUACGCUUUAAAUGCAAUACAGUGGCAAAUACAAAUGUAUUCGUUUUUCAUUGUGUUUUAUGCUAAUCGAAAUUAUGUAAAAAAAUAGAAAUAAAUGUUUAAAUAAAAAGUAUAUAAUAAAAUAUAAGUUAUUUGUUAGUGGGUAAAAUCAAAGGUGUUUACUUGCGAUUAUUAAAUGGCAAAUUGGGUGUGUUGUGAAUGUGGCAAAGACGUAAUAUGUAUGUACAUACAACGCCAGUGUUGAAACUUUAUUAGAACAUAUUGGCGUGCAAUUUUGUGUAACUUUUCUUUUAUGUAAAUAAACUGCAGGGAAAAAGUGCAAUCACAUAUCUAUGUACAUAUUUUGAAAAAGUGAUUAAACAAAAUCGUGAAAGCCUGCAUAUUAAAGGUGAUAUUUAAAGCCAUAGAAACGUUAAGCUCAUCUGCGCCAAUCUACAAGGCAGUUUACAUCAAACUCUUUUACCAAAAAUCUAAAGUAAAAAUAUUUAAAUCCAGAAAACUACCCACCCAAAAUUUUUGUAUUAACCAAAUAUAAAAAAAAACGUAAAAAUUACAAUAAAGCCUAAAACGGUAGAAAUAUUAUAGUUACCUUUAGCUGUGUCACAUAAUAUCCCCAAUUUUUACCAGCAGUAGUACUUUUUACUCUCGCUACAUACAAAAUUUACAAAUUGACAUACAUACAUAUGUAGUAGAACAUCAGUCCUUCGAAUUUGGCCGCCCCACAAUUGACAGUUGCACUUCACCCUUCUUUUACCACCAACAUAAUUCGUGUCUACUUGCUCGUAGUACCAAUUUACAAAACCAGCGACAUUGGAGCUGAGCUGAGUCUACAAAAUACGUUCUACUUGACUGCCCGACUGCACGUUUGUCGGCAAUUUCCGCAAAUUUUGUCAAAACCUGUCAAUUUUGCUUAAUAUUCUGCCAACCUGAGUGCGAAGGGGAAAAAGAACAUUUCACCAAUGUUAUGUUGUGGAUUUUGUUGCGGCAAUAUGUCGAAACGAGACUACAAGGUGGCCACAACGGAUGGCAUCGAACUGGAGCCAUUGGGUGGCGAAAAAAUCGACAAGGACAAGGAAAAAGAUAAAGAAAAGCAAACAAAUGGGGUAACUUUCGGUGGCGAAUCUAGCGGUCGACAGACGCGUCAAGGGGUCGCUGUUUGCUCACAAAGACGCGCGCUACUGGUUGCUGGUAUCGUUUUGGGUUCGCUGCUGCUAACAGCAUUAAUAAUCGCCUAUGCUGGACCACAAAAUGACUGUUCGUGCGCCGGUAAAUUGGCACCUGGAUUCGAAACGGAUGAAGAGAACGACACACAACCCUUCAAUCCGAUUGCGACGAAUGGAGAGCCCUAUCCCUGGCUGGAAAUGGCACUGCCGACAAACGCGCGUCCAUUGCGUUACAUGGUGACAAUACAUCCGAAUCUGACGACGUUGGACGUCAAAGGUCAAGUGACAAUUGAUCUUUUCGUGGAGAAGGAAACAAAUUUCAUAGUGCUGCACAUACAGGACUUGAACGUAACCGAUAGGGCAAUUGUGACGUCUGGGAAUAAAGGUUACGCUAUUAAAAUCGUCAAAGUGUUGGAGUAUCCACCGCGACAGCAAUUUUACAUCGAAGUCAAGGAAAAACUGAAGAAGAAAUCCAAUUACACGCUCAACCUGCGUUGGUAUUCGAAAUUGAAUCCGGAGCCAGAAGGCUUUUAUGUGGAUCAGUAUGAAAGCUCGAAUGGUCUUGAGCGCUUACUAGCAGCUACAGUAUUUCGACCGAAUGGUGCGCGCCGCGCCUUCCCCUGCUUCGAUGAGCCGCAAAUACGCGCGCCAUUUCGCAUUUCCGUUUUCCGUGAUCGCUUCCACAUUGGUCUUUCCAAUUCAAUUGUGCACACCACAGAGGAUGUGGGCUUCUACAUGGGCACAGGUUUGCUACGUGACGAUUUUAUUGAAACGCCACCGCUUCCUGCCGAUGCAGUCGCUUGGGUGGUGAGCGACUUCCAGCGUGAAUCAUUGCAACCUUCACCAGCUUACUUGCCCACCACACCAGCGCCGCCUGGUAGUGGCUCGAAAAAGUCCGCGCAACUCAACAACUACACCCAGUUGAAGGAGAAGAAACCACCUGUACGCAAUAUCACCGCGCUCACCCAUUCGUUGAAUAUCAAUCUGUUGAAAAAUGCCACCACAACGACAAUUGCGCCCACUGCCGAUACGAAUGGCAAGAACUUAACAUCUCUAAGCCAGUCGACGGGUUCGCUUAUAAAGCGCGCGCCCUCUUAUACCUUCUACGCGCCACGUGAUCUACUGGCACGCUCAUCUUUUAUACUUCAUACCGCACGUGACGUAUUGGAACAUCUACAGACUUGGCUGGACAUAUUAUACCCGCUAACGAAGGUAGACUUCGUGGCGUUGCCCUCACUGGAUCGCAACAUUAUCUCAUCGUUGGGUUUGGUAACGCUGAAGACCGCCUUUCUUACCGAUCCAGAUUCCAUUACAACGGAGGAGUAUCAGAAGAGCGCGUUGCAAGUAGCCGAGGCCAUGGUGCGUCAGUUCUUUGGUGGUAUAACAUCGAGGAAGGUUUUGAAGGAUGUCUGGUUGUGGGAGGGCCUUAUAAAAUAUCUUGGCAUACAUUCACUUUCGCCACAGCAAACCAACUGGCCAUUGAAGGAAAUGUAUUUGCUGAAGAUGGCCACUGCUGCUUUGGACAUUGAUGCCAUACAGGGCUGGGAUAGUAUUAUGAAUGGCACAAAGCAUGAUGGGAAUAAUGAAGAGUUUUUCAUACAAAAGACCGCUGCCAUAUUUUCAAUGUUACACACCGCCAUUGGAGAGGACCGUUUUCGCGGUUGCCUUGGUGCUUUUCUCAAAAUCAACCGUUUUAAAACUGCCGAACCCACAGAUCUUUGGACAAUUUGCACAAAGAAAGCGAAUGGUUCUAAAAAUAUCAAAGAAAUGAUGACUUUAUGGACACAUCAACCGGGCUUCCCAUUACUAACUGUUACCAAACUAGGCAACAGUGUAUCCAUAUCACAAAGACCCUUCAAACCGGCUGAAUUUCUUGCCAUACACGAUGAGACUUAUGACGGCAAUAACUACAACAAAACAGUAGUGAAUGUCACAGAAACACCGAGCACGGUGCCACCAACAACAGCUAGUAAAAGCAAGAAACCCACGCAGAUGAAAUGGAUAUUCCCAAUAACUUACACAACUGACAUCAAUAAUGUCAGUGAGACGCUAUGGUUGCAAAAUAUUGAUGUCACUUUCAAUGUACCGGAGAAUGUCAAAUGGAUCAAGGUUAAUGCAAUGCAGCCCGGAUACUACCGUGUCUUGUAUAACGAUGACAAUUGGGCUAAUUUAAUUGAGGAGCUUUCAAACAACCUCGACAAAUUUUCUAGUGAGGACCGCAUUGGUUUACUGUCAGAUUCCUUUACUCUCUGCCAUGCGAAUUUAUUGCCUUGUGAGAUCACUAUGAAUAUGAUACAAUAUUUGCCGAGUGAAACGAAUUGGGGUCCAAUGACAGUGGCGCUGCGUCAUUUGGAAAAAUGGCGUCGUAUUUUGAAAUAUUCAGAAUGCUUCUUGAUGUUAUCAGAAUUUAUUAAAAUGAAAUUGGCAACCGUAAUUGAGAAAAUCGGUUGGAAUGAUGAAGGCAACGAGGCUAAAAGGCUUAUGAGGCCGGAAGUACUUUUAAGCUCAGUGCUGUGGGAGGACAUCGAUAGUAUUACAAAAGCAAAAAAUAUGUUAAACCAAUUUCUUUUCUACAAUGGUUCCGCAAUUCCGCCUAAUUUGAGAGAGGUCGUCUACACUGGAUCCAUACUGUCUGGUGAGUACAUUUACUGGCAACACUGUUGGGAACGUUUCAUCACACUUCAGCGCACAUCGGAGAGUUUUGUCGAGCGUAUGCAACUUUUGCGAGCGCUCGGUCGUACCAAAGACGCUUGGCUACAAAAUCGUCUGCUCUCGCAUGUCACAAUGCUGCCAACUGUCGAAGUAGUGCAGGUAUUGCAGGCAAUUGCCGGUACACCGACAGGCGGAGCAAUGGCGUGCCGUUUUCUGCAGGCCAAGUGGUUCGAGUUGGAAAUGCGACUGGGCCACGGGACGAUAAGUUUUGCCAAGGUGAUAUCAGCGAUAACACAAUAUGGUGCGACGAAAUUUGAUUACGAUGAGCUUAAAUCGUUAGUGCAUCGCUUUGGGCGCGGUCACGGCUUGGAAGUAUUAAAUAUGACACUCAGCAGUGUUGCUUCCAAUGUGGAAUGGGUGGCGCGCUCUCAAACAUCACUGUACAAGUGGGUGGAAAGUAAUUUGCAUUCGCAUUGAUUCAGCAGCACAACAGCAACAGCAACAGCAGCAACAACAAUAAAAAAUUAAGGUCUAUGGUUUAUGAUUUUAAAUUUUUUUUUUUAGAAUUUCGCAUCAAAGAAACCUACAUUCAAAAUCAUUGUAAAAGACAUACUCAGCUAAUAUGCAUUCAAACGUUUUCAUAUGUACAUACAUGCAUAUGUACAUAGAUAUUUUGGACGCAUACAAACAUACUAUUUAUAGAUAGUUAUAUGUACAUACAUAUAUACAUGCAUACAUACAUACAUACACAUCUAUCAUGUGACAUGAAUAUCAACCAGUCGUACACUCAUGUAUUUCCUCAUUUGUAAUUAUGUUCCUUAUAUACUAUACAACUUUUACAUACAAUAAUCAUACAAACUAACAUACAUACAGUUCAUAAAAAUAAAAGUUUUACAUAAGAACGAAAGAAAAGGUGGAUGAGAAAAAUGGAUUAGGCAGUCUUCUAGGAUUAGUUUUAGAUUAGGUAAAAGGUACUGGGACAUAAGUUAAUCAUAUCAUCUAAAGGAUAUACAUAGUAGCUAAAUUGAGUUAAGUGUCUAUAGAAGAGAGGGAAUAUCAUAACACUUUAGUAAAGUUCUAGUAUUUAUUUGGUUUGCGUUAUGUUAAACUACUAUUUUAUACUUUUGAUUGAAAAAGAAAAACGCAAGAAGCAUUUCUCCUUAAAUAUGUAUGUAUGCUUAUCUAAGCACAUAAAUUUUGUGUUCAAUACAAAACAUGCCAAUAUUUGUAAUUACAUAUGUACAUACAUAUGUACACAAGUAUAUGAAAAUAUGUAUUUAAAAUAGUUUUAUUAGUAAGAAAUUUAUAUUUACAAGUUGUUUUCUCUUACUUUAAUAUAGAAAAACAUGCGUAUGUAUGUGAGCCAUUAGUAUUCACUUGGGAAGUAUUUAGUAAAUCUAGCAUUUUUUAACAUAUAAUCAGUUGACUAAAAGAAGUCAUUAAAAAAUUAACAAAUAAAAAGAUCUCACUCUAUUUGGAUUAAAGCUACAUUAUUUAUUUAAGUACUAGAAACGCAAAAAUGUUCUAGGGAUCGAGUGAUAGUAUGCAUCUCUAACCACAAGACCAUAAUGAUUGAUGAGAUCCCAAAAGGAAUGGGAUAUACAUAUGUAUGUAUGUAAAUCUUUAAAAAUGUGAAAGAACAACUUAGGUCUAUCUUCCAGAGACAAACAAAAUAGCAUACAGUGACUCAAACAAAUGACCACGUGUUGAUAAUUUUAAAAUUCGUAAGGUUUUUCGAGCUAAUUUAUUUUAUUUUUUUCUAUAAAUAUCGUCCAAGCUUUACCCAAUAACAUAUGAAUCACAGUUUCGAACUUUAUACAAAAUUAAGGAAAAUGCAACAAAUUUUCUUCAAAAUUUCAACUUUUUAAUCUGGAUCUUUAGAACAUUUUUGAGUAUGCAGUUUUAAAGCCCAUACAAUUCCAAUCUAAUGAAGUACAAGUUUCAACCGGCUAAAAAAUCGAUUUGCAUUUUAUUUCAUAAGAAAUUCAAAAAC